GCGGGUCCGGGCCCCGGGCUCGGCGCGCCCCGGGCUGGUGCGAGAGGUCGCCCGCAGCGGUGUGUGCGUGCCGGGGGCCCGCGCCGGGCCCCGCUUCCACGCGGGCACCUCCCGGGGGGCGCGGCGGCGCUUGGCUGGGCAGGGGUGCAGGACCGCGGACGUGCCUUGCAGGGGAGAAGCCUCCGGACGGGGCCCGUGCAGGGCACUGCUCGGCGUUGGCCCUGUCUGAGCGGUGCGGGUGCGGGUGCGGGUGUGCGUGUCGUCGUCCCUGAUGCAUUUGUUUUUGUGGAGUCAUGAGGGCUGCGUGGAGCAGCGCGCUCGCCGAUUCCUGAUUUACAUUCGCAGCACACAGUUGACGGGAGCCAUCGUUUCGUGUUUUCCCCUAGCACUUGGCGCGGAUACACACUGGUGAAGCCUGGGACUUGUUGUCGGUUGUCGUCUACGUGUCUGUAAAAUGCCUGUGCGCAGGAUGGGCAGGUGGACCAGCUGCUGGCUUUAGAAUCUUCUCGUGUCUUUAAAAUGGCCUGUAAAAGACUGCAUCACAUGUAGGGAGUCUGACAGCCGGGCGCCGCGCACCGCCGGAGUGUUUCUCGCUGCAUUGUGACAGUGGGGACGUUAAGAAUUGGUCCAAAGAUGGAAAAUUCUUUGGCCGAAACAAAAUAAAAGCCUUAUCAAUUUAGCAGCUUGGAAAUAGCAGACGAGAUUGGAAAACCCUGGUGGAGCGUGGAUUCCGGCGUCACUGGUUAAAAUCAGCCCGUGUCGUGGAUAAGGGUUAAGAUGUGAGGUGUUUCGCCCAGACGCCAUCUGUUCGGUUGUCACAAUGCAGGAACCAGGAAAGCAGAGAGCUGGCUACGGAGAAAUCCAGCCCUUUUUUUUUUUUUUUUUUUUGAUAUUCAUGUGAAUUUUCCUGUGAGGGGAAAGACCAGUUAUUUCCCUUGGAUGCUGUCCAUUCUUUUUGGUUUUAAUAAGGUGGCCCCACUAAGAAGGCUGUAGACAUUCCAUUGGGAAUAGGCGAUGGCAGUGACCAGUUGUUUCUUUAAUUCCGUUGGAAUAUCUCCACGCUUGUGUGCGGCUGUCCUUCGUUCGACUGAAACAUCUGAGCUGCUUUUUGUUUUCCUCGGUGUUGGGUGUUUGGGAUUUUAUCCUCUAAGCACCUCUGCUAGAAUCCCUUUCCUUUUUUUUACUGUGCAAAUCAAGAAGGAGCUUUCUGGGGGUGUUAGCAGAAUAGACAUGCUAAUGAGCUAAAAGAUGAGAAUGAUUUAUCACCUCCUUAAAGUCCUUUCUUAUGAUGCUAAAGCUGCACUACCAGAAAAAUAAAACUGUCACUGUGGUGUUGCAAGUCUAAGCUAGUUCAGGCAAACAAAGGAAACUGCGUUAAAUUUGCCCAUCUCUGUUUUCUCGUUUUACUACAGCAAGACUCUCCAAACGUCAGCCUUUCAAAUCUUACACAACAGCCGAAUCUCCUUGCAGGGUCCAGGGGAGGUCUAACUCAGCCGAGGUCCAGAGGCCCAGGGUGGUUUCUGCAGAGUCAGGACCCUGUGUGGGUUUCUUCGCAAGUGGUCUUGGAGGAAGAAAAAUUAUUUGCUGUUUUUUUGGGGUGAAGGGGAUAUAGUUACUGACGUAAGGUACAGAGAGAAAUUAGGAAGAGCCACAGAGUGAGAAAGGAGGAGGUGAGGCCAGCGUACUUGGAAGGUGACCAAGGAGAGGCAGCUAAGGCCUGAACCUGGAACGAUGCUUAGAUUUGCUAAAGCCGCUGGCGUCUAUUUAAGUUCUGACAGCACCCUUCCAGGAAAGGUGGGCAGAGGCGGCGCCAGCCUAGGAAGAAGAUGGUGGGAAGACCUAAGUGAUGAACCCCGUGGCUGAAGUCUUUAGGACAGCACCGCCACGGUGCUGUGAGUGAGCCCUGAGUGCCCUGGAGUCAGCCGUCGUCGUGAAGGUGUUCAAAGGCUGACUUCCUCCGUGCCUGUGAGGAGGCUGUGCACGCGGAGACGCGGAGGUGCCUGGGAGGCCUGCCUCCUUCCCGACAGAGGGGUCAUGGUGCCUCUGUCAGGGCUCCUGUCCGGGUUCUGCAGGUUCAGAUGAGGAAACUGAGGCCCAAAGAAGUUACGCCACUUGGUUAAGGUCCCAGAGCAGGUCAGAAGCAGAUCUGGAUCGGAAUCCUGGCUCCUGGCGCUCUGUUCUCGUGGGGAUCACUGUCCUGACAGAAGAGGUAAGGAAGUCCACUACAUUUUUUGAGGAAGCAUAAGGUUGACACAGCUUCACUUCUUUCUGUAUUGAAGUCUCUCCCUGAUCAAGCUUCGACACAUCUGACAGUGUAUGACACACAGAACUUGUCUUUACUAAAAUGGAGUCAAGUAAAAAGAUGGACUCCCCUGGCACAGUGCAGGCAAACCCACCGCUGAAGCUGCACCCUGACCGGGGCGCUGGGACAGCUGUUUUCGCCCCUGAGCAGGGAGGCUACAAGGAGAAGUUUGUGAAGACUGUGGAGGACAAGUACAAGUGUGAGAAGUGCCGCCUGGUGCUGUGCAACCCGAAGCAGACCGAGUGUGGGCACCGGUUCUGUGAGAGCUGCAUGGCUGCCCUGUUGAGCUCCUCAAGUCCGAAAUGUACCGCGUGUCAAGAAAGCAUUGUGAAAGACAAGGUGUUCAAGGACAACUGCUGCAAGAGAGAGAUUCUGGCCCUUCAGAUCUGCUGUCGGAACGAGAGCAGAGGCUGUGCGGAGCAGUUGGCACUGGGGCAUCUGCUGGUACAUCUAAAAAAUGACUGCCAGUUCGAGGAACUUGCCUGUGUGCGCGCUGACUGCAAAGAGAAGGUGCUGAGGAAGGAUCUGCGCGACCAUGUGGAGAAGGCCUGCAAGUACCGCGAGGCCACGUGCAGCCACUGCAAGAGCCAGGUCCCCAUGAUCACCCUGCAGAAACACGAGGACACCGAGUGUCCCUGCGUGGUGGUGUCGUGCCCUCACAAGUGCAGCGUGCUGACCCUGCUGAGGAGCGAGUUGAGUGCACACUUGUCAGAGUGUGUCAAUGCCCCCAGCACCUGUAGUUUUAAGCGCUAUGGCUGCGUUUUUCAGGGGACGAACCAGCAGAUCAAGGCCCACGAGGCCAGCUCGGCGGUACAGCACGUCAACCUGCUCAAGGAGUGGAGCAACUCCCUGGAGAAGAAGGUUUCCUUGCUGCAAAAUGAAAGUGUAGAAAAAAACAAGAGUAUACAAAGUCUGCACAAUCAGAUAUGUAGCUUUGAAAUUGAAAUUGAGAGACAAAAGGAGAUGCUUCGAAAUAAUGAAUCCAAAAUACUUCAUUUACAGCGAGUAAUAGACAGCCAAGCAGAGAAGCUAAAGGAGCUGGACAAGGAGAUCCGCCCCUUCCGGCAGAACUGGGAGGAGGCCGACAGCAUGAAGAGCAGCGUGGAGUCGCUCCAGAACCGCGUGACCGAGCUGGAAAGUGUGGACAAAAGUGCCGGGCAGGCGGCUCGCAACACAGGCUUGCUGGAGUCCCAGCUGAGCCGGCACGACCAGAUGCUGAGCGUUCAUGACAUCCGCCUGGCGGACAUGGACCUGCGCUUCCAGGUCCUGGAGACCGCCAGCUACAACGGCGUGCUGAUCUGGAAGAUCCGAGAUUAUAAGCGGCGGAAGCAGGAGGCCGUGAUGGGGAAGACCCUGUCCCUUUACAGCCAGCCUUUCUACACGGGCUAUUUUGGCUAUAAGAUGUGCGCCAGGGUCUACCUGAAUGGGGACGGGAUGGGGAAGGGGACACACUUGUCACUGUUCUUUGUCAUCAUGCGUGGAGAGUAUGAUGCCUUGCUUCCUUGGCCGUUUAAGCAGAAAGUGACGCUCAUGUUAAUGGAUCAGGGGUCCUCGCGGCGCCACCUGGGAGACGCGUUCAAGCCUGACCCCAACAGCAGCAGCUUCCGGAAGCCCACAGGGGAGAUGAACAUCGCCUCUGGCUGCCCCGUCUUUGUGGCCCAAACUGUCCUGGAAAACGGGACGUAUAUUAAAGAUGAUACAAUUUUUAUUAAAGUCAUAGUGGAUACUUCGGAUCUGCCCGACCCCUGACAAGUACCUGGGGAGGUGGAUUUAGCAGAAGGUCACUCCUCUGGGGGGGGUUGAACCAGUCUGUCUUCACUGAGGUCCUCGUGCUCAGGAAAGGACCUUGUCGGAGGAACGGAGGAGGAAGCGGCGGAAGGCAGACGCGCGGCCGGCGGGAGGAGCCACCGUGAACACCUGACGCGUUUUCUAUAGACUAGCAACACUUCACUCUGAGGAAUUAUUUAUCCCUCGCCGAGAUAAAUACUGCUGUCAGAGAAGGUUUUCAUUUUCAUUUUUAAAGAUCUAGUUAACUAAGGUGGAAAACAUAUAUGCUAAACAAAAACAAAAAAAAAGUGAUUUUUUUCUUCCUUAAACUUGCACACCAAAAAAACAAAACACACGUGGGGACAGCUGGCCACCUCAGCAUGUUAAGUGAAAGGAGAGUUUAUGAAAUAAUAAUGCAAUUCUGAUAUAUUCGUUCUAAAAUCCAAGAGUGCAAUCUUGUUUCAAAUAUAGUAUAUUGUCUAUUUUUAA